UGAGGUCCGUCUAACUUUUGAAUGCAAGUGGUUUUGAAAAAUAUUAGCCAGAAGAAGAAACACAGGCCGAGGAACUUGCCCUGUGGACAUGUUCUAUGUUUUGGCGUUGUGUACUUCUCUCUAGCACACCCAAGGAAUUUUAGGUGGAGUGCCCUUUCUGUCGAAGGAGCUUUGCAAUCCUCAGAGACAAGGACUGCUUACAUUGUCUGCACCUGAUAGAGAUUCUUAAGCCCUGCAAAUAAUAUUUCUUUAGCUCAGGCACAACAACCUGGGACAGGCACUGAAGCAGCUGUAUCAGCAUCUCUAGGCUUAACGUUCAACCUUUCUUUCGGAGGCUGGGGACGCUGAUCAAUCCGACUGGGAUUUGCAAUGUGUCGAGGGUCUGACUGUGUGGUAGUGGCACAUGAUGGCAAGAAAAGGAUUAAGCUGUUUGGCUCUAAUGGAAGCUGUAUACAACAGUUUGGGGAAAGAGGAGAUGCAGCAUAUGAUAUUAAAUACCCACUUGACGUGACAGCAACAAUGGAUGGCCACGUGGUUGUCACGGACAGCGGCGAUCGCUCUGUGAAAGUGUUUGAUUUUAGCGGCUAUAGGCAAGCUAGUUAUCAGGGAAUCCUUUUUUGUUUACCAUGGGGUCUGGAUACCACUCCAGAGAAUGAAAUUAUCCUGUCUGAUCCAGAGGCAGUGUCUCUUUUUCGCUUGACAGCCAAUUUUAAAAAAGAACUAAAGAAGGUUCAGAAGAUCCAGUCUAACUUAUGCAACCCAAGAGAGGUGGCAGUUUCUCAGGCUUCUGGUAUUAUUGCUGUAAUAGAGCACCUGAUAGCUAAGGGACCAAACUACAGCAGCACAAGAGUGAAGAUAUUCAGUGCUGACAUGAAACACAUUGGCCAGAUGGAUAGCUUUGGUCUAAACCUAGUGUUUCCAUCCAAAAUAUAUGCCACUGCUGUGGCUUUCGACAGAGAGGGACACAUAAUAGUAGCAGAUGCCUAUAACCAAGUUGUAUUGUGCUUAGGAAAACCUGAGGAAUUUCCUGUCUUAAGGCCCAUAAUAACCCAAGGGCUUUCUUAUCCUGUGGCAUUGACUUACACAGCAAGCAAUUCUAUGAUUGUCUUAGACAGUGGUGAUCAUUCAAUUAAAGUAUAUACUGCUAGCUGAAUUGUUUUGGAUUACUGAUUUCAUUCCAUUUCAAUUUUUAAAGAAGUCAUUAUGGUUUUAUCAGAUGUAUGUGUGGGUUUUUUUCUGCCAUGAUUUUGUGUGAAACUUGCUCAUUUUUAUGGACAUGCUCUCUGGUCUUUGACAUUUGCUCAUCAAUUCUGACUCUUAAGUAUGUGUGAGAGACAACAUGCAUAUUCUAAAUAGCACCAGACAGAGAGACCUCAACCAGAUGACCUGGCAUUUUUUCAAGCCAUUAUACGAUUACUACUUUUUUUUCCUUUAAAAUGAACAAUAGUCUUGUGUUAGAUAAUGGAAGAUCCUAGAUCAAUUGUGAAAUCAGAGAAUGACUUGCACCUUUUGGUUAUUCUUGAUUGAAGUCUAGCUUACACAAUGUUUUUUUUUGAUAAGGUGAGAGAAUCUCAUGAGAAAGAAGCAGCAAUUUCAGAAAUUCUAUAAGAAGGGAGAUUCUCUAGCUCAGGGGACUAGUAACUGUAAGUGAAAUGUUUUACUUCCAAAGGUUACUUUAAUCCAAUUGAGGUCAGUAGUGACAAAAAAUUAUCUUGUUUAGUGGCCAGUUUGAAAUGAGUUGGUCAAUGGGUGGUCAAAGUGUAGUUUCUACACAUUACUAAAAACCACCGUGAAGACUGCUAUUAUGAAAGGCCAAUGACUGAACGGGCCUAGAGACUGACCCACCAUCUCAUUCCUAGAGGUAGGCCCAUCAGAAGAGUUAAGACAUAGUGGUGGUGCAGUGUUUGGAAGCUUGUACUCUCUGGGCCAUACAUUUUCUUUAGAGAAUUAUUUUGUGGUAAUCUGUUUUCCAUCGUGCACUGCUUCUUCAUUAGCACUAACUUCACUUUGAAAAAUAAAGUUCUAAAAUUUGUAAC